AUGUCCGAUCUGCAGUCCCUUGUCUCAGAGCUCCACGGUGCUCUCGAGCGCAAGCAGCUGGACACCGCCAACGACCUCCUUAGCCGCGCCAAGCGGGCUCUUCUUAUGCAAAAUGCAUUGAUCCCAACCUCAUCCACACCUCCCCAGCUUGUCGUCCUCGCUCGUCAAGUCCUCGAGCUCGGAGCCCUCGCCUCAAUCCGCCAGACCGACGCGCAGCUAUUCACAAGAUACUACCAGCAACUCCAGCCAUUCUACGAUCUUGAGAGACACGCCGGUCUUCCAGGCCAGACCUCGUCAAAUGUGGAUUUCAGCACUAGCCAGCGGAGCAAAAUCACAGGACUGUACCUGCUUCUUCUUUUGAGCAUGGGCGACAGUGCCAACUUCCACACAGUGCUAGAAGGAUUGGUUGAAGAGGCAAGCUUGCAGGGUGGCCGUGUUGAAGAUGAUGCAUACAUCAAAUACCCCGUUGAGCUGGAGCGCAAUUUGAUGGAGGGAAGCUAUGACAAGGUGUGGAGAGAGACGAAGUCUGAGCGUGUGCCAUCCGAAGACUUUGGCCUGUUCUCGAAUGUUCUCAUUGGCACCAUCCGCAGUGAAAUCGCAGACUGCUCGGAGAAGGCCUAUCCUUCCCUCCCCAUCUCUAACGCCAAAAACCUCCUCUUCCUCGAGUCUGAAGGUGCCGUUAUCGAGUUUGCCCAGCAGCGUGGUUGGAUCCUCCGCGACGGCCGGAUACACUUCCCUGUCGAGCCUGAGGCGGCUGCCAGGUCCGAGAGGGACAUCCUGGUGGCUAGCGGUACCGUUAUUGAGAACGCGUUGGGCUACGCCCGGGAACUGGAGACCAUUGUUUAA